AAAUAGCCCAUACCUACCAGCCUGCUCUCCCACUUGCUUUUUCGAUCGCGACCCCAUUUGUAGCGUUUCAGCACUGCGGCGCGCUGGACAGCUCCUCCAAUUUUGUAUUUAGAGAAAAUUCAGAUUUAAGGAACAGAAUUAAGUUUCACCAGACUUACUUGGAUUCAUUUAGGAGGAAUAAAAAAAAUAAAUAAAAUAAAAUAAAAAACAGAUUUACACGAGAUGGAUAUUGAUCGACCGGCAAAUGUGUCUUUUUUUGAUUUUGUUGGAGGAGUUCAACUUCUCCAGGGAGAGGACACCAGGACGGUCAUGCCGGUCCUCCUGAUUGGGAUCUGCAUUUCCGGCGCCCUGUGCAACUUGUUGGUUCUACUGAUCUUCAUCCGUGACUUCAGGGACGGAAGGGGCUCCGAGGUGAAGGCUCUUCUCGCCUCUCUGGCUUCCACUGACCUGGUGAUCCUUUUGCUGUGCGCACCCGUGCGCGCUGUCACCUACUACAGGCAGACCUGGACCCUGGGGAAUUUUGCGUGCCGCACUACGGACUGGUUCCAGCACUCCUGCAUAGUCGCGAAAACCUUAAUCCUGGCGGCAACCACCAAAGCUAAACAUAAUUUAAUUCCACGCACCGCCGCUUCGGGGCCCCUCUACAACCCGACAUGGAUCCACGGAGCCCUGGCGUUCAUUUGGAUAGUGUCCAUGAUGUUUCCUAUCCCGCAGCUGCUCUUUGCGUCGUUGUUGCCGCGUGGCAGCGACUUUGUCUGCGUGUCCGAGAUGCCAGCGUGCGCGUCGGACUUUAUGAGUUUAUUCUACAAGAUAUACCCAACCGUCACAUUUGUGGCUCCUGUCAUCUUCACUAUCGCUUAUUAUACCAAGACUCUUUACACAGCGGUGAACCACGCACCAAGUCCGCGACACCAGAGCAAGGUGGUUCUGGUUCUGCUGUGCCUAAGUGGUGCCCUGGGUCUGAUGCUGCUGCCCGAGUGGGGCACGUUCACCUGGAUAAGACUGGGCUACAACAAACCCCCGGUGGGGCUGCUGAUGUUCGCCCAGUUCCUCCUUUACGCAUGCAGCUCCCUGUCCCCGGUCAUCCUUAUGAUCAUGUACGACGACGUGCGCCAAGGCCUGGUAGCGAUCUGGUUCAUGGCGACCUGCAGGGGCAGAAAGCGCGCGCCAGCUAUGAAGUCUCCGCAGACUGAGGGAAACGGGGCGGAGGUCGGGGCGAACGCUGUGGGUAACGACGUUUCACAGAUGAAGGAGGCGAAGUUCCCCGACGUGGAGCACUUCUGGACAGGGCGCAGGAACACGCACGUAGAGGACGAGCAAGAUCCAGUUCCGUGGGAGAAAGAGGAAAAGAUGUUGUAAUAAACUUUUUUAGCAAAAGUUUUUUGUUUUGCUUAGUUUUACUGGCUUUGCGGUGUUUCCAUCCACCACUCAGACCGUCUUCAGUCGCCAGUUUGGUAUUUUGCGCAUGAAUAAAUGUCACUUAAGCUCAUACACUGACAUGUUUUUAUAUUGAACAGAGCCGGCCCAAGGCAUUGGUGAACUAGGCAGCUUCUUAGGGCCUCCACACCAGCAGGGGACAGCACAUAACACUAGAAUUGUUAAGUAAACAAGAGCUAAUUUUUUUAGUGUAUGAAUUGAUAAACUUUGCUUAGAUUGUUAUUUUAAAUACUAAAUUUUCAGUAUCUAAAAUCCUAAACCAUAACCAGUGCAGUCUACGAAGACAUCAUUUAGCAGUAAAAUAGGUUCUGUCAAUUUGUUUUUAUAUUAUUUAACUUUAGACUUUUUUUACUGCUUUUUUUUUUCUGCUCCUUUUAUUAUUAUUUUCAUUACUGAGUCAAAUUAAUUUAACGUGGUAACUGAAAAUACAAUUUAAAUAUUUAACGGAAAAAUUUACAUGUUUUUAUUACUUAUUCUAAUGCAUAAAUAUACAAAGAAAAUUCCAUAGUGAAAGGGUUAAAAAAGUGAAAACAAAAUACAUAAAGCCUUAUUUUUGUCAGUAUAUACAUUAGGCAAUGUUCCUCUAUACGAGAUAUAUUUCUAAGUUUGCAAUUUAUUUAUUUGCUUUUCAAUGCAUACUGAGUUUUAAAACAGUCUCUAUUUUACAAAUAAAAAAAAAUCUGUUUUUUUAGGUCUGCAUUAAUUUUUUUCAAUGGAUAGUCCUACUGAGGAUAUCUAAACGUGCAUAGAAAAGGGUGAAAAUUCCCAUUUAUGAGCUAAAGUAGCCACAAAUAAAUAAAUAAAUAACCUUAAAUGAUUUGUUUUAGAAAUGUUGGACACAUAUACUUUAAGGUACAAUUUAUUAUUAAUUAAUAAGGUUUAAUUUUGGAGAAGAGUAUGAAUAAUCAAAAUAUUUCUAUGACAUUCUUCAUCACUGGUUAGAUAUUGUUUUUACUAUGUGAAGUAAGUGCAAUUCAAGUGAUGCAAUAAUCUGUCAAUCAUUGUAAUAAAUAGUUUGAUUGAAGCUUUUGUGGUAAAUUAUAAGGGUUAUUUUAUAUAAUGCAUAAUAUAGGGGAGGGUAUGUUAGUUUAGCUGCAGGGCCCCAGAUGCGGAUCCCAGGAAGCCUUGGACUGGCCCUGUUUUAUUCAAUGUUUUAAACAUUUGUUGUAAAUAUUAAUUCAUGCUUGAAGCUUAGAUGCUCUAACAGAUUAAUAGUCGGGGCUGUUUGUACAGAAAGAACGACUGUAAAUAUGGAAGCUCCAGAGAUCAAGUUGUAAUUCUCAUUGUGUGACACAUAACAUGAGUAUUAAAACAGUCUAUAUCAGGGCUGUCAUUGUCUGUUUUUUGUUUUUUUCUUUCUCAUGGCUAUUAAAGGUUACUUUAAUCAGAGAUGAAAUGUAAUUCGACAUGGAUCAAAUCUCUCCAUUUAAUGGAGAAUGCUCUGAGGUCACAUGUACAGUUCAGAGAUCCUUUUUACCUUAUUAGAUUCACAACUAAUCCACUGGUGCAAUUUGGGUCACGUCAUAUAUACUGUUUGUGUGAAAGCAUCAUUUCAAAGAUUUGCUGAGCAUGUGAAAGCUGCUCUUGCUUCCUCCAGUUUCAAACAAUAGAAUAUAUAAAUAUUUUCAUUCCUUUUAUUUUU